AUGGCAAGCCAACAUUCUUCACAAGAAACAAGAGAAUGCGCGGAUGGUUUGGCGAAAAAUGUGAAUAGUAAUCAUGUUGGGUAUGCAAACGAAAACUUUAAGAGAAAUUUUAGAUUUUUGAUUUUCAGAAUAUUCAUCGAUUCAGUUGUCAGUGCACUUUUGGGAGUUUUCCAAACCGCUUAUUCAUUUAUGCCAUCUUUUACAAGUUCGGAUAAUCGAGAAAUUAUGGCGUUGCAAAAUAUUCAAGCGAGAAUUCGAAUGGUUUUGGCAUAUUUGAUGGCACAAUUAGCAUUGGUGAAAGAAGGAAGACCUGGUGGAUUACUUGUUUUGGGAACUGCAAAUGUUGAUGAGAGUUUGGUUGGAUAUUUGACAAAAUAUGAUUGCUCUUCAGCUGAUAUUAAUCCAAUUGGAAGUGUUAGCAAAAUUGAUUUGAGGAAAUUUUUGGAACUUGCUUAUAAUAAAUAUGGAAUGACUGCGUUGAGAAGGUAGAUUUUUGGGGGAAAAUUGGAGAAAAAAAAGCCGCAGUUUUGGAAUCGGAUCAUUUUUCGAUACGAAAAAGUUUCACGUGGCGAAAUGCUAAAUUUAGAAUAAAAAUCCCGUGCUAUUUUACAUUUUGCCACUAAAAAUCCACGUGGCAAAAUUCUAACAUUUAUUUUAAUAUCAUUUCAAUUUUUAGAAAAUUUUGAACCGAACUGCUUUUUUAUUCAAUUUUUCGUGGUCCCUCGAAAAAUUUUGGUCCUAUUCAAAAACAUUCAAAAUUAUUUUAUUUACAACAUUUAAUUUUCAGUGUCAUCGAUUCUGUUCCAACUGCUGAAUUACGGCCACUCGUCGAUGGAAAAGUUGAGCAAACUGAUGAAUCAGAAAUUGGGCUAACUUAUGAAGAAUUAUCUGUAAUUGGAAGAUUGCGAAAACCCGGUGGAAUGGGACCAUAUGCAAUGUUUUUAAAAUUGUUGCAAAUUUGGGCAGAUAAAUAUACUGUAGAUGAAAUUGAGGAAAAAGUUCGAAAAUUCUGGUGGAGAUAUCGAGUGAAUCGACACAAGGCGACUGUUUCGACGCCUGCAAUUCAUGCUGAAAAUUAUAGUCCGGAUGACCAUCGAAAUGAUCAUCGACCAUUCUUGUAUCCUGAUUUUUCGUAUCAAUUUGAACGAAUUCGCGAAAAGAUUGAACAAAUUAAAAGAGAGCAAUGA